GAGAUAUUUGUCGCGCGGCUUCGCUAGUUGCUGCUGGAGACUUUCUCCAGCUCUCUUGUGUUUUUGAGAGAGAGAGAGAGAGAGACAGAGAGAGAGAGAGCGCGAGCCUGAGCCUGUUCGACCCUCCGACUCAUCUUGGGGAGCGUCUCCAAAGGAGUUUCCUCUGCAGGAUCCAGAUGGCAGGAAGACGAGUCCCUCGUCACCUUAUAAACAAUGGGCAUCGAGGUUUUCCCCCAGGAAUGCAUGAAGGACCUCCAAUUCCAUUGGGUCCAAUGCGAGGACCACCUCACCCACAUCCUGCUGCACUUGAGGAGGAGCUUGAAAUUCAGCAUGAAGAGAUUCGGAGGCUUCUAACUGACAACAGGCGGCUAGCUGAAGAUCGAAUGGCAUUGCAACAUGAACUUGUUGCUGCAAAAGAAGAAUUGCACAACCUUGGUCAGCUGAUACCUAAACUUACUGCAGAAAAAGAAAUGCAAACUAGGGACCUGAUUGAGAAGGGAUUGAAGCUUGAGGCUGAUUUACGAGCUUCUGAACCUCUGAAAGCUGAAGUCCUGCAAUUAAGGGCUGAAGUUCAGAAGCUGGAUGCAAUCAGGCAGGAGUUGUCUGCUCAAAUCCAGGGCCUGACGCAGGAUUUGACCAGGAUGCAAGCAGAGAACCAGCAGAUACCUGCUCUUAGGGCUGAUGUAGACGGCCUUCGCCAGGAGCUUAUCAGAGCAAGAACAGCUUUUGAAUAUGAGAAGAAGGCCAAUGUGGAACACAUGGAACAGAAGCAAGCUUUGGAGAAAAAUCUUGUUUCCAUGGCACGUGAAGUAGAGAAAUUACGAGUUGAACAUUCUGCUUUAGAUAAGAGAUCCUGGGCUCCUGGAGCUGGGGGCUAUGGGAUGGUGAAGGGAAGUCCAGAACUGGGAUAUCCGGGGGCUUAUGCUGAUAGACUUGGAAGUGAGAAGGAUCAUUUGUAUGGCUCUGGUUCAUGGGGAGCCUAUGAGAAGCGUAGCCUUCCUCGCCGUUGACCGUUGACACCUCUUUUGCUUUUUCCUAACAAUUAUCCUCGAGGUAUGGAUGGAAGUUUAGCUUGUGGAAUUGGAGAGAGAUUCUCAUCAAACAGAGGGAGGGUACGGUUAGCUGCGUUGCACAUGAGUGCUCUUGUUGAUGCUGCUUUGCAAAUGCCUCGCCUCUUGAAUUAGGCUUGGACGGCCUGUGCUCUUCUAAUUAUGAGAGGUGUACACAGAAUUUAUUCAUAGUUUUCUAAGUUUCUUGAGUUAUGUUCGUGGAUCACUUGCCAGCGUCUGCAACACUGAAUUUUCUUAUUUUUCUCUGCUUUGCGCCCAUAACAUUUCCUUUUAUUCUGCCGUUUUGGUCAAUCAAAGUGAACGUUAUCUGGCUUGUGAUUA